GCAGUAAUGUACCGGCUGCCUGGACUCUUCUCCUCCUCCUCGUCUCCUAACCGGAUUGUCCAGCAGGGACUCUGUAGGAGCCUCUGGGGGGAGUGACAGUGCAGAGGACCGGCUGUACCCCAGGUGGAGAAUCCACAUUGAAAACUGGAUGUGAAGGGGAGCCGCCAAGGUCAUGAUCGACUGGCCCAAUGUGACGGCGUCCGGCAACCAGGAGCUGGGCCUGAAACCCGAGGAGCUGCAGAAGUCCAAAUGUGUCCUGGGUUUCAUUCCCGUCAUCUACUACAGCAUUCUGCUCUCCAUCGGAGUACCAGUAAACAUCCUCACAGCAGUGGCCUUGUGCAGACUGGCGUCCCGCACUAAGAAGGCUCUGUACUACUACCUCUUGGCAGUGACAGCCUCAGAUAUUCUCUCCCAGCUCUUCAUCAUCUUCGUCGGCUUCCUGCUGGAGACGGCAGUUUUUCACCGGGAUGUCCCCGCUCUCCUGCUGCACUCUGUCAGCGUCGCCGAGUUUGCAGCCAACCACGCUUCCAUAUGGUCCACCGUACCGCUCACUGUGGACCGCUACGUGGCGCUGUGCCACCCCCUCCUCCACCGGCAGAUCAGCUACCCGGCACGAGCCAGGAAGAUUAUCGGGGUGGUCCUGGCAACAUCGAUCGCAUCGGGCGUGCCUUUCUUCUGGUGGUCAGACAUGUGGAGGAACAGCCAUCCGCCCACAGCGCUGGACGCCGUCCUCAUAUGGACACAUGUGACUAUCAUCUACUUCCUGCCGUGCAGCAUCUUCUUAGUGCUGAACUCUCUGAUAAUCCACACACUGAGGGUGAGGCAGAGAGAGCAGCGCUGUCAGGAGGAGCAGGGGACCAAGUCGGUGCCACUGCAAAGACUCGGGAAAACCACGGCCAUGCUGCUGGCCAUCACCUCAGUGUUCUCAAUCCUGUGGGCGCCCAGAACCAUCGUGGUCAUCUACCACCUGUACGUGUCCACUGUUCAUCGAGACUGGCGCAUCCACCUGGCCUAUGACCUCUCCAACAUGCUGGCCAUGCUCAACACCGCAGUCAACUUCUUCCUCUACUGCUUCGUCAGUAAGCCUUUCCGCAGCGCCGUACGGGAAGUCAUACUGCUCAGGGGGUCGCCGCUCUACUCUCGCCGCGCUCUGCCCCAGCAGCAGGUCCCCACCAACGCCUCCAUUUCCUCUCUGUACAGUGGGAACAGCAAGCGGUUUCAGCGGGACUUCACCCCCUUGUCACCUCAUGGGGCCAGAAAGCCCUCAUGACCCUGUGACUUGUCCUCUUAAUCCAAAACACCCAUCAUCCCACGGUCCCGGUGCACUCCUCACCCCAGGGACGCGUACUGUGUUCCAGCUACGACUGUGGGCAGCGACCGGUCGGCCCUGGGGCGCUCUCAGAGGGCCUGAUAGCGGCUUAGCAUGAUUUUCGUCUUACAGUGUUUGACCUCGUGUUGUUUGUCCAUGUAAAUCAGAUAACGUGACAGCCUAUUUAUUUUUCUUGAGAAGAAUCUGAGGAAAUAAAAGUAGAUUUUUUUUCCAUAGAUGGUAGUAAUGUGACUGAUUUGUUUAUAUUUUUACAAAACAAAACAGAAGGACAAAAUCCCUUUUUGAACAAUAAUGUAAGCCCAGAUGUAGAUUCGUGUUAAUAUUAAAGACUUUUUGCAUAUUAAGUGCAAUCAGUGAUCGUUGCUGUUCCUUCGGUCAUGUAACCUGGUGUGACAUUCACUCUGGAAGCUGCAAAGAUGUCCGAAUAAGAGUGAUAAUGUUGAAUAAACAGUUUUUUUCUGCAGUUGUAUAAAGACAAGGAGUGAAUCAAUAGGCAGUGUGACAGGACUCUGUCACUGCACUGUGCUCCCAGCCAUUAAAAACCAUCCAACUUGACAAAGCCUCAAAUGAAAGCUCAGUUUUUUAAGCCACAGGAGUGAAGGCCUGCUUUUCAGACAACUGUAUCACUCACCAAUGUGGCCUCAGCUCUAGCCUGAUAGUCUGCACUAACACUAACACUAACACUACACUCACAAGGAAGCGUGGACGCUUUUGCAUGCACAGCCACUGCAUUUCCACCAAACGAUGUAAAAGUUGCAAAUGUUCUACCAUCUAAUUGUAAAUAUGCACAAAUUAAGACUGUUGUUGACCUUCAACAUUCAAGCAUUAGGUAUCUUAGUCUUCUGAAAGUAGACGUGACUGCACGCCCCUGUUUGUAAUUUACCAUAAUUUACAAAUGAGCUUUAUGUUGUGUUCAUUAAGACUUCAAAUACGUGAUUGAGUCAAUGCACUCAUCACAAAACUAUUUACUGAAGUCCUAUCACGAGGGAGCCGAGGGAGGUUUUCCCCUGGACAUUUAUAUAAACAGAUGUGUUUUUACAACCAGAGGCCUCAUUUUCAGUCGGAUGUUCCUGGAAAAUCAUUUACUAAUCAUUUAAAUGGUAGAAAAAAGAAAUAAAUCAGAGUAGUUACUGUUCUGAAAUAAAUAAUCAGCAAAUGGUUUAAAUUGUGUACAAUUUUAUGGACAUGGUUAAAUAUUUUAUGUACUAAUAUUUCAAGUGUAUUUAGGAUGUAUUUGAAUCUCGUUCCUCGAUGGUGAGAUUCUGUGGACUGCACACUGUGCAUGACAGCAGCCUUCGCUCCCUGCACACACACAGCUCCAGUCAUACCAGUUCACUCUGACACAGCUGUCGUAUAACCGUCUAUUCUGUAGGUUAAAGUAAACCUACUGCAGGACGGCACUGAUUAGAAACAGCUAAAUUGGUACUGAAUAAUAAUUAAAUAUGAUUAAUUAGCUUAAUGGGCUCGUAUUUCUCUUGCAGAAUAGUGAAGGCAGCAACAUUUUAGCAUGUAAGUUGCCAAAAGGGCACAUUUCUACUUGCAGUCUUAGAAGUUCCAGCCUUUAUAUACAAACUAUGAUAUAAAAGAACAAAUCAUUUUCUUCCUCCGCACUGCUUUCAACAUCAAACAACACUGGAGCCUCAUUUCAUCCUAGUGUCCAAGGAUUGCACGUAAAUGAUCAGUUUCCACGAACGAGCUCAGAGAUGAGAACAACUAGUGUAACUUAAUGCAUUUGUCAGUUUUUUUAUUUGUAUUGGUGAAUUGUUUUUUCUUGUGGUUGGAUUUUCUUUGAUGGUCAAAAACUGUUUGCAUUCAAUAAAAAUCGAAAAUGUAUUUAAA